AUGGAGAAGUUAAAGAAAACACGUAAGGCUUUACAAACAACGUUUAUACGUACAUUUUCUCAGUUGAAUCAGUUAAUAGAGGAAGAGAAUGUCGAUGUAAUAGAACUACAGUCAAGGUUCGAAGUCUUUAGAAGUAAAGUGUGCGAAUUAGACGAGAUCAAUCAACAGAUUUUUAAUUUAAUGCAAGAUACAGAGGAAAUCACAGAGGAAAUCUUGUCAGAAGAAAUAGAGAGUGCAGACGAAUAUCGUAUCAAGUAUCAAAGGAUGAAGGUUAGGGAUAAGAGAUUUAAGCUACCAAAGAUAGAAUUGCAAAAAUUUAGUGGCGAUCUGAAAGAUUGGCUAAAAUUCUGGAGCUUGUUUAAGAAUAUUCACGAAGACAAAUCUCUCUCAAAGGGAGAUAAAUUUCAGUAUCUCGUACAGGCUAUAGUGGAGGGUUCUAAGGCUAGCGAACUUAUUAACAGUUUCCCUCCUACAGCGGAGAAUGAUGAUGAAGCUAUUGACAAGCUCAGAGACCGGUACGGUAAAAGCGAUAUGCUGAUUGAAGUGUAUAUUCGCGAAUUGCUUAAAUUAGUACUUAAUACAGUUAAAGUAGGAAAUAAAACGACUAUAUCCAGUCUUUACGAUAAACUUGACUCAGUUGAGAACACUUGA